AUGUCGGCCACUUCGGAUAGCCUGGAAAGCCUCAUGAACCCUUAUCUGGACCCUGGCUCUUGCUGGCAGAGUGAUGUCAUGCUUCCCAAGGUCGGUUGA